AGCACCGACGUGUCACAGCUGGGGAGCAGAGGAACUUCCCUGCUUUCAGCCCAAAGUUUUCAGAGGACUUCCUGACAAUGCACUUAGCUUUGUUUGGAGUCUAACUCCAAGUAUCAAUUGUUGACAAAGAUUAAUCUAGUUUUGAAGACAUGUUAAAGAGCAGCAUUGGUUCUUGUGGAGCAUUUGAAGACAAUUUCAUCCUAAUAUUUUGAAACAUGGACAUUACAGGAGGAUCCGCCCUCUGUCUGGGCAAACUUGUUUAUAAUCCUUCCAUGUUAAAGUGAUCUGCUGCUGUCUGUAUUCCAUAAGGAAAUGUGGGGCAUUUGGAGAGCUGCCUGACUCUUCAGUUCAAAUCAGGCUGCUGGGACAUUUUUUGGCUGUGGUUGUAGGAGAUGUGGGAAGAGAGGAGCUUUUUGAGAAACAGAGGGGAGACUAACCCUGUACCACGAGCCCGUUGUGCCCAGGGUCCUUCCUCGCUGUCCGAGCAGCGUGGACGGUUCUUUCCCUGUCAUAGAGAGCAACUGGAUGCUGAUGAUGACUUGGAUGAGUGGGUGUAUGCGCCUCUUUAUCGCAGAGCUGUGUCUAGUCUUGAUGAGGAGAGUAAGUGGUCAGUGCACUACACAGCCCCCUGGCACCAACAGGAGAAUGUCUUCCUGCCAGGAACCAGACCAGCCUGCGUGGAGGACCUUCACCGACAGGCCAAAGUCAACCUGAAAACAGUCCUAAGAGAGUGUGACAAGCUCAGGAAAGAUGGCUUCCGCAGUUCCCAGUACUACUCCCAAAGCCCUGCCUUUUCUACAUCCAGCCUUUGUGAAAGUGUUCAACUGGAUGAGGAGAAAACGGAGAAGAAAAACAAGGAUUCAGAGUCGUCUACUGAAGAAGAGAAGCUUGUAUACUCAAUGCCACCUCAGAAACCUCUGCUGGAACAUGCCUCUGAGAUUAACAUCCAGACCAGCUGGACCAACUGUAUAACUUUGCCCACUCCCGAGGAGAAGAUGAGACAACAGGCCCAGUCGGUGGCCACUGAUGUCAUACCCAUCAACAUUACAGGUGAGAACUUUGACCGCCAGGCCAGCUUCCGCCGCUCUGCAGCAAACACUGACACCAUCAUACGAAGACCCAAGAGGGUGCAAAGAAGAAAGACAAUAACAGGAGUUCCUGAAAACAUUCUGACAGAACUAGCAAAUAAAGGACAAGGUGACUCAAGAAUCAACUCCAUGUGUAUGGCAGAUCAGUACUCUACCCUCAGUCGGGUGGGAAGCGUAAACUCCACCCUUAGACGCUCAGAUACCUGUGACUCCAGUUGCCAAACAGAGGAGAUAAAGAUCGUACCUCCCUCAGUUCGCAGGAUCAGAGCUCAGAGAGGCCACGGAAUUGCUGCUCAAAUGGCCAGUGUAUCCCUCUCCUCCUCCAGCAGCAUUUCCACCAUGAGUGACUGUAAUGGUAUCAGCUACUCUCAACUUAAUGGUGGUGAUCACAGCUUUUACAGUUUGCCACGACAAGGUUCUCACAUCUCAGAUCAACACUGUGAACCUAAGUACAGCAGCUCCCCCUACAGGAUUAAUUCUGGCUCUACAAGCUCCUUGACCUACCAGCUUGACAUGCAGCAUGGCUCCUCAGCUUCACUCUAUAUGCUAUCACACUCCUGGAAUAAUGCAUUAAACAGCAACACAACUGGAGAAUUCUGGUCUUUACAAAAUGAGCAGCUUGUAAAAAAUCCAAAUUACCAAGGCUGCAAUCAAAACAGCCCGGCCUUAUUCAGUCGCAGUGGUACUCUACAGAACUCUACUGAAUUGAAUUCUGUUCUUUCCGAACACAACAGGAUAGAGGAUGACCACAUGCACUCGCCUCAUUCCUUAGCCCAGUUGUUUAGUUCUGCUGAUACCUCGUUGUCUACGAUCUCCUCUUGUUACGAAUCCACAGCCUCCCUCUGCUCAGGGAUCCAAACAGAGACUGAGUCACAAUGCAGCACGCUUGACGGCAGAAACUGCAGCAGUCCUAACUCUCUUCGCAGGGAUUCCAACUUCUCAGAGAGCAGCAUUCAAAGCUGCAGCACACUAACCACUGACCAGUGGAUGUAUGAAUCUUCUCCAAAGGGUGGUCCAGUACUCACCUCAAGUUGCUCCUCACCUGUCAGCCAUAUAUACAACAGUCAUGAACAUUCUACCAGCAAGACAGACACAUGCUCAUUGUGCUCAGUUGACAAUGAAGGGUACGACACCUCCAUGCAUAUGGACUCUUGUUUGAAGUCACAUAGUCAUGGCUGCAUCAAUAAAGCAGGAAAUGCAAGGCACAGUUUGUACAAGUGCAAAGACCACUACAGCCAUAGUGAUUGUCUGAGUCUGCAUAGCAACCGCUCUUUGACUCACAGCAUUUCCCUACGGAAAGCCAAGAAGCCCCCGCUUCCUCCCACAAGGACUGACUCCUUAAGACGCAAAUCACAGAGGAAGCCUCACCACAGUGGGACAGUCCAAAAUGAGCAGCUGAUCUCAAGUCUGCAGCAGUCCUUAGAGCUCAACCUGAAAAUGAAUAGUGCAUCCUUUUCAGGACAGGUACCCAACAGUGGUUUCGAUGACCCUUGGGUGCUCCGACCCAGAAGUCAGAGCACUGUAAGUGCAGCAAGCAGUGGAAUGCCAGCACCAGCUGCAGUGUGUCCAGUCACACCCACACACAGUGACAGCAGUAGUCAGCGCUCAGACUAUGCUGAGUCGUUUGACUUUUACAUGGAUUACUCAGGCCCAAGGUCAGAACAGUGUCUCUCCUCUCAAAUCACAAGAUCUCUUAGUGCUGACGAGAAUUCAGGGGUCAUGAGCAAUGGAUCCUACAACAGUGGAUCCUACAACAGUGGAUCCUACAACAAUGGAUUCCCAUCAGCCUACAGCAUUGGGAGUGAAAUUAAGUCAAAACUGGUGUCAUCACCUGACAAGUUUCAACGCCUGACUUCACCAUCUAGUGGUUAUUCAAGCCAGUCUAACACCCCUGCAGGCACUCCAGUUACUUCUCUGAUUAGAGCAAAGUCUCCUGCAGGGAGGCCUAAACCAAGAAUUCCAGAAAGAAAGUCCUCUCUACGGACUUCUGUGUCAUCUUCCUCUACAUCCCUGUCUUCCAUCACCUCCGAUUCCAUCAAGAAUAUUCCAUCACCUCCACCUGACAUAAUUACUCCUCAGUGUGUAACACCCGGAAUGCCUUCAAGUUCUCUAACAGCAGCCAUCACAGAGCCAACCCUGCCUCUUUCUCCUCUCCCUGAGGUAUCCUCUGCCUCUGAAGAGAGACAGAAUUCACAUUCGCUUACAUCCAUAACACCUGAAGAGUGUGAAACCCUCCUCAGUGACUCUCUUGAUUUUCCCCCUCCCCCACCAAAUAUUUAUGAACCCCCACCACCCCCUCUUCUUCUUCCUCCCAAACCCUCAUCAUGCAUUCUACUUCCUCUUCCUCCUCCUCCACCAUUACCCGAGAUGAGUCUUCAAAAAACAGCAAUUUUGAAAACAGAGAGUUCUUCUAAACCUACCAAGACUGUGCAAGUUGAAAAGGGACUAAACCUCAAUUGCACUGAAGAGCCAGAGAUCAAGCCUCAGAGACCCAUAAUCACUACCAAAGCUCUCCAGAUGGUGCAGCUACGACCUGUAAAGGAAAACAACCACAAGCAAAUCGAAAAUAUUUUUACAACAGUCAGUGUUUAUCAUUUUGAGGACCAAGCACAAUAUGAGUCUCAAACAUGCUCAAGAAAAUCCCCAGAAAGUGAGACUAUAGAGCAUACAGUCACUGCCAAUUGUGUUAGUCAGCUAGAAAAUGGAGUGGAAACAUCUGAAUCUUCAGUAAAAAAUCACUCUGAAGCAUCAUCUCGUCCUCUACCCCCUGGACAAGAUGAACAUAUUAAUGACACUGAAACUGGACAGAAUGUUGCAGUGCUUGUGCACCUUUCUGACAGCGUUAGAACACAUCCUGUUUUAAAUUUUCAAGAGAUUCUGCAGUGCACAGACUCCUCAGCUACACCUCAAAAUACCCCCCUGAAACAGAAGCCUCCUAUGUCACCUAAGAAACCCAAUCUCUCUCUAUUUAUACCACCCAUAUUGCAUCUACCUGUAUCUAAUAGAUUCAAGCUUCAACAGGGCCAUGAAACAGAAGUGACCCCUGAGCCAAGGCCAGUGAAUUGUAUAUCCUUGACAGAAACUGGAAAUUUGCAGGAGAUUCCAAUAGGCCUUGAGGUAGAGGAAGAGAGUGAUUCAGUUACAUCUUCACCUGUGAUCAAAAGCAGACUGUCUUUCAGCAGUGAUUUUUCAUCAAGCAGUUUGCAAGACUUACAACUCUCUGAUCUUGUUCUUCAUGAGAAUGACCUUGGGCUGAGUGAUAAAGACUUUAGGCUCAGUGAUGAUAAAAGCACAUCAGAUGAUGGUUCAAGCAGCAGCUCAGGAUCUAUCAGCUUUAAAGGGGAGGAAAAUGGGGCUGAGUUUGACUCGAGCACAGAUAGCUCAUCUGGUGCUUACACUAACAGAGAGGCUGUGGAGGAGAUGGUGAUGCCUGUUUGUCCUCGUACAACAGAGGAUCUCUUCGCUGCAAUUCAUAGGUCAAAGAGGAAAGUCCUGGGCCGUAGCGACCCUGAAGAGGAACGCUGUCGUAGCUUCCUCCCUUCCCCACCUGUAACUCCAACUGGCUCCUGCCCUAGCCUACAUCCCAUGGCUCGCCAGACUGGCUCCAUUCAACGCAACCUGCGGCGGUCAUCCACCAGCAAUGAUAACUUCAUAGCUCUGCUCCUCAAAAAGGGCAGCCGCUCUGAAUCUAGCUUUCGUAUGUCCGCUGCUGAGAUACUCAAAUGCACAGACCCCCGUUUCCAGAGGGCUAACUCGGAGCCCACACAACCUGAUGGACUGUGCACCUCUCCAACACAUAGCAGAAGAGCAACAGAAGAAUGGGCACGUACUGAGGGUGCCUUGCCUCGCCUCUCCACUGGACUAACAAGCUUAAAAUAUGGGCGUUCACGCACACCACCCUCCGCAGCCAGCAGCCGCUAUAAUAGCCGUAACCGCAUUUCCAGUGGGCCAAUGACUGCCAUCUGUGAGAGAGAAGGAGAUGUGGCAGAAUCUAAAGACUGCUGCAUCAGUGUUGAGAGUCCUUUUACUCUGCCCAUAUCAUCCGGCGGCACAGUCUUUGCUCAAGGCAGCACUUAGGGCUCCGGCCUCAUUCUCAACCUGAGGAUUUUCUAUUCCCUAACGACUUGUAAGAGAUAGUCGUCCAUUCAAUACAAAGACCUUAGAGGUCUAAACCCUGGAUGAAAUGCCAUGCUUGUGCUGGCCCAUAGUGGCCCCUGAGGAUUUUAUUUGGCCAGAGAAGGAAUGGUGGAAAUUUCUGUAAUUCUGUAACUUAAGUUUUGACAUUAGCACUCUCAGAAAAUGUGAUAUUAACAGAAGAUUACUCAUUUUGUUUUAUGGAAUGUUUAUAGCUCUCUGUCUGCAGGUUGGGAGUAAAAUUGACUUUUUGGUGGUAAAUUAAGGGAGGAAUUAAAGGAACCAGAAUGUCACUGAGGGAUUUUGUGAUGAAUGGUCUAUGGUGAUGUGUUUCUGCCACUGUGACAAUGGAAAGCACCCAACCAAAGUGAGCACUUGAACUAUGAAUGCACAGAACCCACAGCCAGAUCACAUUCUUGGAAGAGGUGGUGACAACUAAAUAUUUGCAUUGUCAAGCAUGAGAGCUGUUUGAAAGAGGCAUAAGAGUGUAUGGUUACAGUGAAGUCGCUGAAAACAAGCGUGGAGAUGUCAGAAAAUUGAUAUUUUUGAGAAGUGUUUAUAAAGACUGAAAUGUGUAUACGUUAUGCACCUUAACAGACUUUGUUGCUGUUAAAUUGUGAACAGUCUUCAGGUAGAGUAAUGGGUGUCACAUUUGUGACCAAGAUGAGAGUCAAUUUGAAUAGAGCGUUAUUUAGUUAAUGUAAGCCAACCUUUUUUCAUUACCUAAACAUUUGUUUAUUUGUUUAUGUUUAGACCAUAAGAAUAGUUCUCCAUAAUCUGCCAGUGUAAAUAAUCCAACCUUUACAAAAGCCAAGUUUCAAUUGUAGGGAGCUACCAACCAUUCUGUUUCAUUUUUUGAAAGGUAAGUCUUCUAAUUCCUUGCCUUUGUCUGUCUCACAUAAUGAGACAAUAUGAGAAUUUUUACAUUUUCAUGUUUAUUAUUUCCAAAGAGAGCUCAUGUUUAGUCUAUUUACUAGUACUAGGUGCACCUGGAUUGUCUUCCCUUGUUACUGAACACCAGCUGAAUGGUAGUAGAGAAAUAAUGAAGCUCCUGGGUUAAGGCUGUGUGAGACACAAGGGUUUCUGUGAAAGAAAUAAAACAUGGCAU